AACACAGCUGUCCAGAUUUGGGUUCGGCACGCCAUUGUGGAGAAUAGUUACUCCAAUAUUAUCGACCAUUCUGUCUGAACUACACGACCACAGCUUUAGUUUCCCAAACCACAGUGACCGCAGAAGGAACUGUCUCACAAUGGCCACGGACUCCUGGGCGCAGGCGGUGGACGAACAAGAAGCGGCGGCGGAGUCGAUCGGCAGUCUUCAGUUAAAAGACAAACCAGAAGAAAAUGGCACAGUUGCGAACGCGGUGGAGUCCAGCAGUACAUCUGCCAAACCAGAGGCUGAAGGAGAAGCAAAGUCCACAUCAUCCACAGAGGAUGAUGACAAAGAGGACAAAGCGGCACAGUCACUGUUAAACAAGCUGAUCCGGAGUAAUCUUGUCAACACAACGAAUCAAGUGGAAGUUCUCCAGAAGGAUCCCAACUCUCCACUUUACUCGGUCAAGUCUUUUGAAGAAUUGCGACUCAAACCACAGCUGCUUCAAGGAGUGUAUGGCAUGGGUUUCAACCGGCCAUCCAAAAUCCAGGAAACUGCCUUACCGAUGAUGCUGGCUGAACCUCCACAGAAUCUGAUCGCUCAGUCUCAGUCAGGAACAGGGAAAACGGCCGCCUUUGUCCUGGCCAUGCUCAGCCACGUAGAUCCCAACAACAGAUAUCCUCAGUGCCUGUGCGUCUCACCCACCUAUGAACUGGCACUUCAGACCGGCAAGGUGAUCGAGCAGAUGGGAAAAUACUACCCUGAGGUCAAACUGGUCUACGCCAUUAGAGGAAAUAAGUUGCAGCGGGGCAUGAAGCUGCAGGAACAGAUAGUUAUCGGCACUCCUGGCACCAUGCUGGACUGGUGCAGUAAAUUCAAGUUCAUAGACCCCAAGAAGAUCAAAGUGUUUGUGCUGGACGAGGCCGACGUCAUGAUCGCCACGCAGGGCCACCAGGACCAGAGCAUCCGCAUCCAGCGGAUGCUGCCGAAGAACUGCCAGAUGUUGCUGUUCUCUGCCACAUUUGAGGAGUCCGUGUGGAACUUCGCUCAGCGCAUCGUUCCUGAUCCAAACAUCAUCAAGCUGAAGAGGGAAGAGGAGACCUUAGACACCAUCAAACAAUACUACGUGUUGUGCAACAGCAAGGAGGAGAAGUUCCAGGCUCUGUGUAACAUCUACGGAGCCAUCACCAUCGCCCAGGCCAUGAUCUUCUGCCAUACGAGAAAGACCGCAGGCUGGCUGGCGGGCGAGCUGUCCCGAGAAGGCCACCAGGUCGCGCUGCUCAGCGGAGAAAUGCAGGUGGAGCAGAGGGCUGCCGUCAUCGAACGCUUCAGGGAUGGAAAGGAGAAGGUCCUGGUCACAACAAACGUCUGUGCACGAGGCAUCGACGUUGAGCAGGUUUCCGUGGUGAUCAACUUUGACCUGCCGGUUGAUAAGGAUGGGAACCCCGACAACGAGACGUACCUGCACAGAAUCGGACGCACGGGUCGAUUCGGGAAGCGCGGACUGGCCAUCAACAUGGUGGACAGCAAGAUGAGCAUGAACAUCAUGAACAGGAUCCAGGAGCAUUUCAACAAAAAAAUUGAGAAAUUAGACACGGAUGAUCUGGACGAAAUUGAGAAGAUUGCCAGCUAAAGGAAGCUGUGUGACCAAGAGAAGAAGAAAGUUCCUCUUCACUCUCCAAGGACUGUUCACUCCUUCAGUGUUUUAAUGCUUUUUACUUUACUUUUUGGUUUAGCUGUUGGAGGAAAAAAGAAAAAGCAAACCCACAAAAUCGGCAUAUGUUUACAUGUGGAUGUCUCCUCUCAGACAAAGUGUUUUGUGAGUCUUUGGAACAUACCACGUUUCACUCUUUGUACUUCUUGAAAUAAAGGCUGAAUUUUCCGCUGUGUAUUGUGAUGCUGUAAAAGCAGACAGUUGACUAACAUGGAGGACGGGGGAAGCUAAACAGAGACCCCCCCGCCCUCAGUGUUGGCUGUAGCGGUGGCAUGAUACAGUCUGUGAAGAAACUCACAGAAACUCUUAAAUUGCAAGUAAACAUGUGCCACAAAGUUAUUAAUGGAAACAAAGUCAAACUGAAUGUAGCUGUAUCAUGUGAACUGUUACAGCGUUCAAUGUGCUUUGACACGACGACCAAAAAGCAGUGCAAAGGGUGAAGCCGGGUAUGCUGCCUGAGGCGGUAGUUGAAUAUUGAGAUUAGGUAUCGAGACGAUGGUGAUGAUUGGGGUGUAAGGGUCUAUGCAAACUUAUCAACCUGUGAUACUUCUUAUCAAAAGCUAUCAAGCUGUAUUCACGUGACACAAAUUAAUCCGAGAUAACCUCAGCUCUUAGCAUCAGGGUGUGUAGUUUAAAUGCCAAAAAAGAAAAAAAAAAAAAAAAGGGCGGCCUAGAGUGAUGAUACACCACUAACAGAGUCAUGUCGUAAUUGAUGUUUUGUGUUUUACCAGCAAUGGAUCAUCAGCCAAUCGCACAUCUCACACGCAUGCUGUUUUCUAAAUAGAUGUGCUCGGUCGUCAAAGCUGAGCAACAACUAGUCAUUUUUUUUUUCUUUCCCUCUUCAUCUGUGUCAUAAAAUCAUUAAUUCACAAGACCACUAAGGUCGGAUCUGUUUUCUUGGUGUCAGUCUUUUCAGUCAGGGUCUCCAGUUUGAAUUAAGCUCAGCUACAUUCUUCACAGACUGUGCUGUUCAGGAUUGUGAGUUCAAACAAACAAUGCCUUCCUCAAGUGCAUUAUACAUACAUAUAUAUGGUUUUCUUAUUGAUUCUCAACAUUGGGCUUAAUAGUCUGAAUAACACUUGAAAUUUUGAUGAUACAAUUAAAUACGGGCGUCUUCGGGAUGUGCGAAUUCUCUUCUUGAAACCAAAUGGUGAAUUGACGUGAGGACCAGAGGACCUAUGCUAUUCAGAUUCACAGUGUCUGCUCCAACAUGGUCACGUGGAUUGAAAACAUGUACUUGUGUACAUAUUUAAAAUUUUGUGUUACAGAAAUAGUGUGACUGAAUUAUUGAGUUAGUCACUUCUAAGAAGUGCAGGGAAAAAAAAAAACAUUCCUCGUGAGGUUCAAUCUUGGCAGUCGCAGCACUUUGAAUAUGUUGAGCCUAAAUGAGCUGACCCUGUGAAAUCAAGGGGGGGGGCGGGGGUAAAAAAAAAAAAAAAAAAAAAAAGUGUGUGUGGUGUAUUUGAUCCAUGUA